AUGGGCAACACCCAAGGAAUCGAGUCCACAGACCAGGGGGAUCUCCCCAUCGUCUGGAGAGACUCGACGGACCCCGAAACAUACUAUGAGGCGGUAUGGGGCCGUGUCUUCAACGUGCGCCGCGACACCAAGCGACAGCCGCGAGCUGUAGUGCGCGUCUCGAAGGCAUCCCACAUCAAAGCAGCCGUGGAUCUCGCGAACAAGGAGAACUGUCGUGUCUCUGUCCGCAGCGGUGGCCACAGCUGGGCUGCAUGGAGCGUGCGGGACGAUGCCAUCCUGCUUGACCUGGGCAAUUUCAGGGAAAUCAGCUACAAUGACGAUUCCAAGAUCGUGUCUUGUACCACCCCUACACACGGCAAAGAGCUGAACGAGUUCCUGAGGACCAAGGGCAGGCUUUUUGCAGGUGGACACUGCCCGGAUGUGGGUCUAGGCGGCUUCCUGCUCCAGGGAGGUAUGGGUUGGAAUUGCAAGAACUGGGGUUGGUCGUGCGAGCAGAUCCACAGCUUGGAUGUGGUCACUGCUGAUGGAGAGGAGAUCCACUGCAGUGCUAACGAGAAUGCCGACCUCUACUGGGCUGCGCGCGGCUCAGGGCCAGGGUUUCCGGCGGUGAUUGUACGGUACCACCUCAACACUCGCCCGUUGUUGGAGUUGUAUGAGUCCGUCUAUAUCUUCCUCAUCUCGGAGUACAGGAAGGUGCUUCAAUGGGUUAUCGAUGUCUGCCCAACUGCAGACGAAGGUACGGAGAUUGUGGGCACCUCUCGCUACCUCGAAGGGGAGGACGAGAUCUCGAUGAUCGCAGCCUUCACCUCUUUCAAACCAAACCGAGAAGAGGCAGAAAAGGCCCUCAAACCGAUCCACGAUAGCCGACCGAGCAACUCCAAGUUCGAGAUAUACUGCGGCACAACGAGCCUUGCUCAGCAGUACGUCAAUCAAGGAGAGGCUAACCCGAAGAACCACCGAUACUGCGCUGAGAACGCGUACAUCGAGAACGACGCGGACGUGCCUGCGGCGCUGGAGAAGGCCUUCACGACCCUGCCGAGCAAGAAGGCCUUUUCACUCUACUUUUCCAUGAACCCCACAUCGCGGCGCCCACUGCCUGACAUGGCGCUUAGCAUGCAAACGGAUCACUAUUUUGCCAUAUACACCGUCUGGGAGAAUGAGGCCGACGACGAGCGCUGCACCAACUGGGUCCGCAGCACGAUGCGCGAGAUGAAGAAACACGAUACCGGAAGCUACAUGGGCGAUGCCGACUUCCAGGUCCGAGGGACCAAGUUCUGGAGUCAAGAGAACGGCAAGAAGUUGAUGGAGAUUAGAAGGAAACGGGAUCCCAAGGGCCGAAUCUGCGGUUACCUCGACUCGGGCGAUAAGAGCGGUAUCAAGGGUCUCGCGAAUGAUUUUGACAAGGACGAAACGAACGGACCAGAUUCGCUGGCACCUCAACUAGAGACAUUGGCUGUCUAG